AUGUAGUCAGACGUAAUCUUCAGAACGGCCAAAGGUUGGGAUUCUUUCAGUGAUAAGUAUGCAAGAAGAAUUUAAAAAAAUACUUCCGUGUUUUUCAUGACCCUAUUGAACAUGCUACAUUAUGAAGAGGCUAAUAGUAUUUUGGAUGCUGGCUGUGGAGCAGGAUAUUUACAUUAACACAUGUUGAAUUAAAAGAAACCUGAGGCUCAUCUAUAUGGAUUUGAUCUAAGUUCCGAAAUGGUUAGGAGAGCUGGAGCAAGGAUGAAACGUUCCUUAAAUAAAGAAUAAAUUGGAUCUUUAGAUAUAUUAACUCAUGAGGAAGUGGAUUCCGUCAAAUUUGAUGAUGAAAUCUUCAAAAAGAUAAAUUAUCAUUUAUCUGUUGGAAGUGUCGAGGACUUAAGUCAAUACAACAAUGAAAUAUUCGACAUUUAUGUGUGCAAUCUUGUCUAUCAAAUAAUUGGAGAUCAACCUAAAGCAAUGAGCGAAGCAUUCAGAGUGUUGAAACCAGGAGGAAAAGUUGGAAUUACAGUUUGGGGAAAGAAAGAGAAUUGUUCCGCCCUAUGGUUUUUGAAGGAAUUGGCAUUUGAAACUGGAUUAGCACCAGCUGGAAUGCAAGGAGGAAGAUUUGUAUCAGAUCCUGAAGAACUAAUCACAUUAGCUACUAAUGCAGGAUUCAUAAAUCCAAUAUGUUGGUCCUAAAUGACUCCAUUUGAUGUUGUGAGUAUGAAAAAUGUGGAAGAGUUCUUCAAUCCAGAAAUAGAAGGAAUCUUGGCUAAUUCUACAAAAGAACAAAUAGAUAUUUAUUACAAAGCCCUUGAAAAAAUGAUAAACGAUUAUAAGAGAGAGAAGAAACCAUUUCCAUUCGAGUGUUAUUUGUUGGUCGCAGAAAAACCAAUGUGAUCUAAUAAAGACUUAUAACAAUAAUCGUUUAUUAA